UCUUGAUCUGAGUGGCUUUUUUUGGUUUGCUUUCAAAAUUAAUCACUUGGGUUUGCCUUGUAAUUUGUAAAGAUUGAAUCUUUAUUGGAAUUUUUGUCCUGGGGUUGCCUUAUAUUUGGUAAAGAUUGAAUCUUUAUAGGAUUGUUAACUUGGGGUUGCCAUAUAUUUUGUAAAGAUUGAAUUUUUAUAGGAUUUUUCUACAUGGGGUUGUCUUAUAUUUUGUAAAGAUUGAUUCUUUUUUGGAUUUUUUAACCUGGGGUUGGCUUGUAUUUUGUGAAGAGUUAUUUUAGAAUCUUAGAUUAGUGAACUAUUUGGGUUUGGCUGUGAAGAUUGAACCUAACUAUUAUUAUCAACAGUAGAUUACUUAGGCGUUGUGUGGUUUGCCGAUGGCUCGGUUGAUUCUGCCUUGCAAGGGUUCAAGUUUUUCGAAGACGUGUCUCUUGGGUUUGAUCUCCAAUGCUCCUUUUCAGGCAAGUUGCCGUGUUACUUCAGUUGGGCGUUCGAGGGACAUCUGCAGAUAUAAACAAUACCUCACUUCGGAGGUUACACAUUGGAGGGGGUGUCAAAUCGCACGCUUUUCAUUACAACCUAGAAGAAUAGAUCGGAGAUUAAUCUGUUCAGUUGCAACUGAACCUCUGCCGAAAGAAGUAGAAGAAUCGAAGAUGGAAGCACCAAAGGAAAUCUUUUUGAAGGAUUACAAACAACCUGAUUACUAUUUUGACACGCUGGAUCUGAAAUUCACACUGGGUGAGGAAAGCACUAUUGUUGCUUCCAAAAUUGCUGUCAACCCCAGAGUUGAAGGUCAGUCUUUCCCACUUGUCCUAGAUGGGCGAGAUCUGAAGUUGCAAUCAGUAAAGAUCAAUGGCAAUCCACUGAAGGAGGAAGAUUUCCACGUGGACUCGCGCUACCUGACUCUGAAAUCCCCUCCAAGUAGCAAAUUCACCUUGGAGAUUGUGACAGAAAUAUAUCCUCAGAAGAACACAUCCUUAGAGGGGCUUUACAAGUCAUCAGGGAAUUUCUGUACCCAAUGUGAGGCUGAGGGUUUCCGUAAAAUUACAUUCUAUCAGGAUCGUCCUGACAUUAUGGCGAGAUACACUUGUCGCAUAGAGGCAGACAAAUCUUUGUACCCUGUAUUGUUGUCAAAUGGAAACCUUAUAGAGCAAGGAGAUCUUGAGGGCGGAAAACAUUUUACUGUUUGGGAGGAUCCUUUCAAGAAGCCCAGUUAUCUUUUUGCGUUGGUUGCCGGUCAGUUGGAGAGCAGAGAUGACACAUUUACAACUUGUUCCGGCCGUAAGGUCUCCCUUAGAAUCUGGACCCCACCACAAGAUUUGCCCAAGACAGAACAUGCCAUGUAUUCUCUCAAGGCAGCUAUGAAGUGGGACGAAGAGGUUUUCGGGCGGGAGUAUGACCUGGAUCUUUUUAAUAUUGUUGCUGUUCCUGAUUUUAACAUGGGAGCGAUGGAAAACAAGAGUUUGAAUAUAUUCAAUUCCAAGCUUGUCCUGGCGUCCCCAGAAACUGCAACAGAUGCUGAUUAUGCGGCAAUAUUGGGUGUGAUUGGACAUGAGUACUUCCACAAUUGGACAGGCAACAGAGUUACAUGUCGUGACUGGUUCCAGCUCAGUUUAAAGGAAGGACUUACUGUUUUCCGUGAUCAGGAGUUUUCGUCUGAUUUGGGGAGCCGUCCUGUGAAAAGGAUUGCUGAUGUUUCAAAGCUUCGAAUGUAUCAGUUCCCGCAGGAUGCUGGUCCAAUGGCUCAUCCUGUCCGGCCUCAUUCUUAUAUAAAGAUGGAUAACUUCUACACAGUUACGGUAUAUGAGAAGGGAGCUGAAGUGGUCAGGAUGUACAAAACCCUGUUGGGGAGCCAAGGAUUCAGAAAAGGCACAGAUUUAUAUUUCCAGAGGCAUGAUGGUCAAGCAGUAACUUGUGAAGACUUUUUUGCUGCCAUGAGAGAUGCCAACAAUGCAGAUUUUGCUAAUUUCUUGUUAUGGUACUCGCAAGCUGGAACACCUGUAGUGAAGGUUACAACUAAUUAUAAUGCUGAAGGCCGCACUUUCUCCCUCAAGUUUAGUCAAGAGGUGCCUCCAACUCCCGGCCAGCCUACAAAAGAACCUAUGUUUAUUCCUGUUGCAGUGGGUCUGCUAGAUUCAAGUGGAAAGGACAUGCCUCUAUCUUCCGUUUAUCAUGACGGGAAAUUGGAGAGUUUUCCGAGCAGUGGUCAAAAUGUAUACACUACAGUUCUUCGUGUAAUGAAGGAGGAGGAGGAAUUUGUGUUCAAUGACAUAUCUGAGAGGCCAACACCAUCUAUAUUACGAGGCUUCAGUGCUCCCAUCCGUCUUGAGUCUGAUCUCACUGAUAAUGAUCUACUUUUCCUUCUUGCUCAUGAUUCUGAUGAGUUUAACCGUUGGGAGGCGGGACAAGUGUUGGCAAGGAAGCUGAUGCUCAGCCUGGUAGCUGAUUUCCAACAGAAUAAGGCUUUGGUUCUUAACCCUCAGUUUUUGCAAGGGAUUAAAAGCAUACUCACCGACUCAAGCUUGGAUAAGGAAUUCAUUGCAAAGGCAAUAACUUUGCCAGGUGUAGGAGAAAUCAUGGACAUGAUGACAGUCGCCGACCCCGAUGCCGUUCAUGCAGUCCGGACUUUUAUCAGGAAGCAACUGGCUUCUGAAUUGAAAGAAGAGCUCCUUAUCACUGCUAAAAACAACAGGAGCUCUGGUGCAUAUGAGUUUGAUCACAACAAUAUGGCACGGCGUGCUCUUAAAAAUAUUGCUCUUGGUUAUCUUGGAUCACUUGAAGACCCAGAAAUCCCAGAACUUCUAUUGAAUGAAUACAAAAAUGCCACGAACAUGACAGAUCAGUUUGCAGCUUUAGUGGCUAUUGAUCAGCAACGUGCAAUUCGUGAAGAAAUUUUGGCUGAUUUCUAUAACAAGUGGCAGCAUGAUUACUUGGUUGUGAACAAGUGGCUUGCGCUUCAAGCUAUGUCAGACAUGCCUGGUAAUGUUGAGAAUGUCAAGAAGCUUCUAAGUCAUACAUCCUUUGACCUGCGUAAUCCGAAUAAGGUUUAUUCGUUGAUUGGAGGAUUUUGUGGGUCGCCUGUCAACUUCCACUGCAAGGAUGGCUCCGGCUACAAGUUCUUAGGGGAACUGGUGGUGCAACUUGACAAGAUAAAUCCACAGGUGGCUUCACGAAUGGUGUCAGCGUUCUCUAGGUGGAAGCGUUAUGAUGAAACACGACAAAGUCUCGCUAAGGAACAACUGGAGAUGAUCUUGUCUACUGAGGGACUCUCGGAGAACGUGUUCGAAAUUGCAUCCAAGAGCUUGGCAGCUUGAUUUUCCUUUUAUUCUUUUUUUUUUCUUUUUUCUUUUUCGGGUUAACUGUACUGUUACUAGUAUUUAUUUUGAACAUGCUAUAAUGAUUUAAUAGUUUCAGUAAAAUUUAUAAACAGAUAAUAGUAGAAUUUAUAAUUCAGUGCUUAUUGAAUAACAAGCGGUUUAUACCUGCA